AUGCAAAGAGAAGUACCACCUGAAAUCAUCCAAUUACUUGAUGGCAUCAAGUUACAGAAUGAAAAAAUCUUUGAGAUGCAAGAAGAACAAGUUCAAUGGAAUAAACAACAUGCCAUUAAUCUCAAAUCUAUCUUGGAUAAAAUUAAUGAGAUGUAUCAAAUCAUCCGAGACUUUAAAGAGACAAAAAGAAAGUCUAUUCAACCAAAUAACACCAUUCAUCCAUCUCUUACCACCACACUCACUCCCAAAUCAAACAAUAAGCAAUUAGAAAUAAACACUCAUGAAGGGUCAACAAAAAAGAAAAGUUCUAAUCCUCUCAUCAACAAAUUAUCUCAUAAUAACAAAUUUAAAAAUCAAGAAAACACACAAAGAACAAAUGCAUUGCAAUCCUUAGUUGAUCUUCAAGAUAAUCUACGUAAAAGAACAAAAGAAUUAUCAAAAACACCAACAAAACGACUUGAAAUAGAAGAUGUUCCUAAUCAAAAGAAGUCCAGAUUGAAUUAUAGUAUAUCAAGUAAUGUCAAUAACAUACUUAAAUUAGAAGAAGUCUUGAUGAGUAUUGAUAGUGAAGAAGUGUUUGAUCAAAUUACUGAAGAAAACAUUAAAAAGAUGAUUCCUUGCAUUGUCAAUAUCUUCAUUGUUGGAGAUGACAUUCAGAAAGAGUUUGUUGCAUUGGAAUUUGUCUGGGAAAUCACAAGAAAACAUGAGAGAAUAUUUGAGGGAACUGAAGGAGUUGUUCUAGCAAACAAACUAUUACAUUCAUUACAACUCUUUUAUUCAACACCAAACAUUCAAAGAGAUGAUUGUCCAUUGAAUUCUGAUGAGAUGAAAUGGUUAUUUGAGUUUUUCAUGCAUUAUUCUAAUUGA